UCUCUGCCCGGCCCCCGCCCGCAGCGCCUCCCGGCGGCGCCCUCUCACCGCGCGUGUCCUGUGCUCCUUGCAGGUGGUGAGGCCCCCGGUCGGGUGAGGCCCGGUCCCCGCCGCCGCCGUCCACCAUGGUGGUGGCACUGCCCACCGCGCCCGCCACCGCGCCCGCCGCCGCGGCCACGGCCACCGUCGUGAUGGCCGCGGCCGCCACGGACCUGCGCGACUGGCUGCUGCUCUGCUACGGGCUCGUCGCCUUCCUGACCGGGGUCAUCGACAGCACCACCUGCCCGUCCGUGUGCCGCUGCGACCGCGGCUUCAUCUACUGCAACGACCGGGGCCUCACGGCCGUGCCCGCCGACAUCCCCGACGACGCCACCACGCUCUACCUGCAGAACAACCGCAUCGGCAGCGCCGGCGUGCCCCCGGGCCUCAAGGCCAAGCUCAGCCUGCGCGUCGUCUACCUGUACGGCAACGCGCUGGACGCCUUCCCCGACAACCUGCCACGCUCGCUGCGGGAGCUGCACCUGCAGGACAACAACGUGCGGGCCAUCGCCCGCGCCUCGCUGGCCCGCCUGCCGCUGCUGGAGAAGCUGCACCUGGACGACAACUCCGUGUCCACCGUGAGCAUCGAGGAGGACGCGUUCGCCGACAGCCAGCGGCUGCGGCUGCUCUUCCUCAGCCGCAACCACCUGAGCAGCAUCCCCUCGGGGCUGCCCCGCGCGCUGGAGGAGCUGCGGCUGGACGACAACCGCAUCUCCACCAUCCCGCUGCACGCCUUCCGGGGCCUGCGCGGCCUGCGGCGCCUCGUGCUGGACGGCAACCUGCUGGCCAACCAGCGCAUCGCCGACGACACCUUCAGCCGCCUGCAGAACCUCACCGAGCUCUCGCUGGUGCGCAACUCGCUGGCCGCCCCGCCCCUCAACCUGCCCAGCGCCCACCUGCAGCGCCUCUACCUGCAGGACAACGCCAUCAGCCACGUGCCCUACAACACGCUGGCCCGCAUGCGCGAGCUGGAGCGCCUGGACCUGUCCAACAACAACCUCACCACGCUGCCCCGCGGCCUGUUCGACGACCUGGAGAGCCUGGCCCAGCUGCUGCUGCGCAACAACCCCUGGUUCUGCGGCUGCAACCUGCUGUGGCUGCGGGACUGGGUGCGGGCGCGGGCCGCCGAGGUCAGCGUGCGCGGCCUCAUGUGCCAGGGCCCCGAGAAGGUGCGGGGCAUGGCCAUCAAGGACAUCACCGGCGAGAUGGACGAGUGCUCCGAGGCGGGCCCGCAGGGCGCCGGCGCGGCCGCCAGGACCACGGCCGGCGCCCGGGCCCCCGCCACCACGCCCCAGGGCUCGCUCUUCACCCUCAAGGCCAAGCGGCCGGGCCUGCGGCUCCCCGACUCCGGCCUGGACUACCCCCUGGCCACGGGCGACGGCCCCAAGGCCCUGGUGCUCCACGUGACGCCCCUGACGGCCGACUCCGUCCGCAUCACCUGGAAGGCCGCGCUGCCCGCCGCCUCCUUCCGGCUCAGCUGGCUGCGCCUGGGCCACAGCCCGGCCGUGGGCUCCAUCACCGAGACGCUGGUGCAGGGGGACAAGACGGAGUACCUGCUCACGGCGCUGGAGCCCAAGUCCACCUACAUCAUCUGCAUGGUCACCAUGGAGACGGGCAGCGCCUACGCGGCCGACGAGGCCCCCGUGUGCGCCAAGGCGGAGACGGCCGACGGCUACGGCCCCGCCACCACCCUCAACCGGGAGCAGAACGCGGGCCCCGUGGCCGGCCUGCCCCUGGCGGGCAUCGUCGGGGGCGCCGUGGCGCUCGUCCUGCUCUUCCUGGCCCUGGGGGCCGUCUGCUGGUACGUGAGCCGCGGGGACCUGCUGGGCCGGGACCGGGCCUACCCCCGGGGCGGCCACAAGGACAGCUACAUGGAGUCGGGGACUAAGAAGGACAACUCCAUCCUGGAGAUCCGAGGCCCAGGGCUGCAGAUGCUGCCCGUCAACCCCUACCGCACCCGGGAGGAGUACGUGGUCCACACCAUCUUCCCCUCCAACGGCAGCAGCCUGUGCAAGGGCACGCACGCCGUCGGCUACGGCACCACCACACGAGGCUACCGCGGGGGCGGCAUCCCGGACGCCGACUAUUCCUACAGCUGAGCCGGCGCCGCGGCUCCCCCGCCCCCCCUCCCCGUGGCGACCGCGCUGCCCCCCCCAGAGCGAGGAGGACCCCGGCGCCGCCCGGAAGCCACGCGCGGGGAGGGCCGCCCGGGAAAAGGGUUUUGUUAAGGAUGGAAGACGGGCGGGGGCGGGCUGCCGUUGCUGAAGACAUAAUUUGUACCAAAUUAUGCCGGCUGGGGAGGGGAGGACUAAAAAUAACGCUGCAGGCAGGGCCGGGCCGGGGGGUGUUCCCCGAAGUGGAAAGUGACGUCCGUGGGCGCCAGGGGCCCCGCGGAGAAGCCGCCCUGGGACGCGGACGCCCCCCGCUGGGCCCGCAGUGACGCGAUGGGACGUGUCCGGGCCCCCUCACCUGGGAGAGGGGGAGUUAGGGCUUUUUCCUCCGCCUCCUCCCCCUUCUUCCCACACCGUCGCCCUCGCGGGUUUUCAGAAACAUCGCGUCUUUUACUGCGUUCUUUGAACUGUGAUGGAACUGGGUAAAAACUAGACUCCCCUUCUUCCUCUCGGCACCCUCUCCACGCCCACGGCCACGCGCCCGCCAUGGGCGCCCGGGCCCCUGCGGCCUCUCCGGCCGCCAUCGCGAGGUCGCAUCUCCAAACACGGACGGGGUAGCUGGAGCCACGGCGACGGCCCUGACGGCACCUCCCGCUCCCUGCCUACCGUUUCUGAGACAAUAGAGUCAUGAACAUGUUGCUUUCUCCUAACCGUCAGUGAGUGAGUAGACACGAGGUGUUGGGGAUCGGAGUGGGGUGGGGGUGGGGCCAAUGCCGUUCCUGAAGGCGGAGGCGUGACUGUGCUGGGCGGGUGGCUGGGAUGCUUUCCGUUUGAUCCUAUCUCAGGUUGGCCAGAGCUGGGCCGUGCUCCUUUCCGAUAGAGAAACCUUCUUUAACUGCCAGUGCCCCCCCCCCCAUGCAGUCACCUCCGCAGCUCCUCCUCUGGGCUCUGUGCUUCCUCCUGAGACGGGCGGCUGGUGCGGGGAUGGGUUGUGUGUGUGUUUCCACAUCCGCUGAUUAGACCUAAUGGUUUCCAUGGCUGCUCAACCACGAGCCAGAAAAGGACAGAAAUUCUCAGAAAGCCCGGGAGGCAGCACUCACCAGUGCAAAGCCUGCAGCCAUGCCCACUGGGGAGGACCGUCUCCCGAGAAGCAAGCGCCCCCAAAAGGCGCUGCCCGGCCCCCGUGGAGGUCAGGCUGCAUCGCCUCCUCUGUCACCGACGGGCGGGCAGUGAAAUGAAAACGAUGAUGAAACGACAGCAAAUCUGGACGGAAGGGCGGACCGGUGGAUGGGCGGACGGCGCCCGGGGUUCUGCUCGGGAACGGGGUCGCCAUCCGUCAGCCUGCCGCCCGCCCCCGCACCGCACCAGGAGAGCGAGGUGCUGGCCGGAGGGCAGGGCGGAUGAGAAGGGCCGGGCGGCGGGCGGCGGCGUGCUCAGAGGCUUCCGCUGCUCUGACCAAAGCCACAGGCAGGAGGCAAGACGGCGCAGCAGUCACAGGGCCGCUGGGCGGGCGGCUCGGUGGACGUGAAGAGCUGCUGCUGGCCUUCAGAGACGGGGGUGGGCGGGAGGGACACAGACCCGCUGCGAUGGAGGAGAGAGCGGCCGGGCUUGCCAUGGCCUGGCUGGAGGAAGGUCCCGCCGAGUGGACUCCCAGCUCCCCAGCCCAGGACAGGCCGAGGGGCAUGGACACCUGCGUUAGAAAACCAUCCUUUUCCUGUGUCCUCAGUGCCAGGAGAGUUCCCAAGCCUUAAUUCCACGUGUGUGCGGGAUCUCAGACACAGGCUUGUGCCCAUUCCCGCAGCUCGGAGGAGCGGAGGGGCCGCUGGGUGUGGCUGGGAGGAGGGGGGCGGGGGGGGGGCUAGGGGGAGGGCACUGGGCGCCCACGGGCUCUGCUGUUUCUGAAAUGAGGUCCCCUCCCCCCAACACCCCUCCUGCCUUCCGCCAGCAUCCCAGGAAAGCUGGUCCCUGGACACCCCACUACCCACCCCCAGGUCCCCACUGUCAACGUGCUCAGCCCCCACCCCCUCUAGGUCCUCCCUCCUCCUCUCCCCAGGCCGGCCGAGGUCGAGUCAUCCCUCCGAGGCCCGGAAGGCGCCUGGGGACAGUGGGCGGAGAGGGGGGGCAGUCUGUGGGGCUGCGUGUAGGGAGGGCCUUGCAGGCCUAGAACCAGCCUGUGCAGAACCCUUUUCCCCGAAGAGCAUUAAGCAGCCCGCCCCCCAGACCCCGGACAGCCUCCCUCUCCUGCUCAGCCAGGGCUCACGGGCUCAGAGCCCAGGCCCUGCCUGACCCGCCGCGCCCUGCAGGCUUGGCCCAGCCAGCACCCUGGGCCCCCUCAUCUUUUCUGCCCUGAGCACCCCAACAUCUUCCCGGCGUUCUGUCUGACAGCGGGACCGGGAUGUCCGCUGCCUCGCGUCCCCCGAGCCAGGCGGGGCCUAAAGCCAGGCCCACUGUGCGACCCCCGCCCUCCAGAUCCAGCUGCCCCCAAACUGGCCCAUAACCACUAGAGGAUGCUCCGGGCCCACCCCCCGCACCCCUGGACGCGUGUGAGGACACAGGGCCCGUGAGGACGAGCCGGGGCCUGGGCCACCACUUCUGUGCGGAAUCCGCCUUCGGCGGGCGGCCCGCCUGACCCGGCAGCCUCUGGCCGGCCAGGACCACCUCUCUGGCCUCGGGGUUGCGCGUGCAUUUGCGGCAUUUAAGGCA